UUGGGUUGACGAAAGCGGACAAAAGUCUGAUAGGAAUUUUAUGUCGUUAUGUAUUCGUAUAUAAUUGGAGUAAAACUGUGUUAAAAAUUAAUGGAUGGAAUAUCAGCGAGUACCUGCAGGUCAAAAGUUACAUACGGAAAUGAUAUUAUUGCAUUACAUUUCAAGUGAAGAAAUAACGCGGAAGAAAUAAAAUUAGAAUGGAUUCCAAAAGUCGUUGGCAAGUACGUAUUGACAGCUUCGUAAACAACUGCCACGUUAGAAUAUCAAUUAAAACGUGAAUCCAGAUUCUACCAUGAGACACAUCACGACAGUCUUAAAAACGCUAAUUGCGUUCUUCCAUGAGUACGCUCGAGGCCUAUUCUACGUUGUGACCACAAUUCUAGUCCUGUGCUACUGCUUACAUCCGGCACGGUUUGCAUCUCACUAUGAGUACAUAAAUGCCAAAGACAUCAUCGGAGAGAUGGAAAGGUCUUACCCACCAAGAGAUAAUUCCUGUUCCAUAGUAGUCAGUGGUACGAGACCUUUACAAUUACUUUAUCCAGAAGAACACCCUCGAGAAGACCCAGUAGCCCUGGCUCGGCGACUUGGCAUUUUACCCGGAGGGCAAUGGAGGCCAUCUAAUUGCCAUCCACUCUUCAACAUUGCAAUAAUUUUACCUUAUCGUAAUCGGCGAUCGCAGCUUGCAAUAUUUAUGAAUUAUAUACACCCAUUUCUACAGUCACAGAAUUUGGAUUAUAGGAUAUUUGUAAUAGAACAAAGUCCUGUACAGGAAUUUAAUCGAGCAAAGUUAUUCAACGUUGGAUAUAUUGAGGCUACAAAGGUCAACGACUUUCACUGUUUCAUAUUUCAAGACAUCGAUUUGAUACCUCAGAAUCUAGACAAUAUUUAUGCAUGCACUAAGAUGCCCAGACACAUGAGUUCCAGUGUCAAUACAUUUAGAUACAACCUGCCUUAUACUGGCUUAUUUGGAGGGGCCAUAGCUGUGACGCGAAAGCAAUUCGAACAUGCCAAUGGUUUCUCUAAUGUCUUUUAUGGUUGGGGUGGGGAAGAUGAUGACUUUUACAGUCGACUUCAAAGUAAAGGAUUUAAGGUGACACGAUUCAGCCCAGAUGUUGCCCAGUACUAUAUGUUGACACAUAAGAAAGAACCACCUAGUAGUGCCAGAUUUGUAAAUCUUGAAACUGGUGCUCAGAGGUACGACAUAGAUGGAAUUAGUAAUCUGGAGUAUAAAGUAUUAAAUCAUCAAUUACGUCCACUUUAUUCGUGGAUAUUAGCUGAUGUAUAACAUAUAAGAUGUAUUAAAUCUUAUUUGUAACAAUUUCUUAGCGAUAAAUUGCAUAACAUGACUUGUUAUGAUACUUCUAGUACUGAAUGAUAUAAAUAAGAUUGUACUUUAUGGUAGUCAGAAAAUGUCUGAAAAGUGUACAAAAAUACUUUAUCAUAUUACACAUUGUCUGUUUUAUUUAGGCACUGAUAUUUUUUAUGAAGAUAUUUGUCUAAAUUAACUUUUUAGUAAAUACUAGACCAUUAUCAAAUCAAUAUACUCCAGGUUUCAGGCACAAAAAAUAGAACAAAUAUAGUAUUAUUUUUACUAUACUAAGUUUUUGAUUACGAAACUUGUUUCCACUUAUAAUAUUGGAUAAUUUUCUUUAUGCCAGAUAUCGAUACUCAAUUGAAAUGUCUCACGGUUUAAUACUCGUGUAGUUUUUAUAUCUGCAGUGCUUUUCCUAUGGCAAGAUUUUUAGUCUAAUAAAUUUUAGCUCGGUAUUUUCUUCCUCUACUUUAAGAACUUUUUAUAGCGAUCUUUCAUAUGACUGUACAGUUUUCUAUUCUUUUGAAAAUUAGAGCGAUAUCAGGCUGAAUAGGACCUUUCUAAUGUGAUUGACUGUUGAUCGAUAACAUAUUGCAUACCGAAUAGUGUCACUGUUACAUGUUGUAAACCCAUAUAUAUAGCAAAGUAUCGCAGCGAACUGUGAUACAUAGUAGCUAAAUUAUGUACCUGUGAUACCAUUUUUAAUGGAUAAAUUAAUAGUAAAAAAAAGAUUUACACUGCAGAUCUAGGCUCAUAUCUCAGUUUCAUUGUAAAACGCUUAAUGUAGAUGUCAAUCUGUCAAUAUGUAAACCAUUUUACACCGUUUACAUCUUCAUACUUUGUGCUUUAAUUAUCUUAAGUGUAUAUUUAUUGUAAUUUAUGUUGCCCAUUUUUAUGUUUCGCGUAUUUAUUUAUCAAACUUGUUUUACAGUAAGCUUGUGUAAAUAUAUAUGUUCAUAAGCUUGCUUGAAGAACAGAAACUUGUUUCAAGAUUAUGGGGAAUAAAUGCAAAGAUGGAUAAAGUUGUAAUGAGUUACUAUUCCUACUUACAUACAUAGAUACGUCUAAAUGAAACAAUCAGAUAAUACACGUGGGCCAAAAAUGUUUUUAAAAAAUGUAAGAAUUUAGUGUUCAUAUGCAUUACUAUGAUACUAAAGAAUGUAGUAUAAAGUUUUUAUCGUUGAAUUUAACUCGUCUUACUCAUGUCUUGAUUCGAGAAAAAACACUGCUCUGUUUACGAUUAAGUAAUACGUAUACCACACGAGCGUUUAUUAUAUUUUUCCGGAUUACUGUUUGGUUACAUGAAUCUGACAAGAGUUUAAACAACUGGAUUAAGUCUUAAGAGUGGUCGUAGAAAUGCAAGUGUAUAAAUGUCACAAUUAUGAGAUAUUUUCUAAGAGACGCAGGAAAAAAAAAAAGUUGUUGCCUACGCAGUGUCUUAUACGCGUGCUCGUGUCUACUAUUGCUUACAUGAACAAAUACCUGGAAUUAUUAGCUACAUUGUAAAGAAAAUAGAAAAUCAAAUAGAUGCAAUGUAGAUGCUUUACAUAUACAUGUAUGUAUACAGUAAACACAAUUUAUUCUAGAAUUAAUCUGAUCGUGUACAUCGUUGACGAAUCGCCAGUUUAUUAUCGACUAUAAUUACAUAAUCUUCGCUUUAGUAGUCAAGAAAAACAUUGUCGAGACUACUAUUAGAUCUGCACAAACUUUUAAUUCAUCCGUCAAUUAUAGUGUUGUACUGCUUCUAAAGCAAAGUAUUGUAGCAACAUGCCGACUCGAAGAAAAGAGAAGUAUGUUGAUGUUUAUAUAUACUCUGUAACAAGUGCAUUGAAUAAUAUAUACACUAUUGCCAUUUUAUAAGUUAUUCGAUGAUAAAGCUUGUAUUUCCUCUCGGCACUAUUCAUGAUCUGUGAUCAUUUUGUAUUAGAAAUCAAUAAUGUCGUUCCACUGUCUUAAGCCCAGGUUUAUGGUUGAAUUUGGAAACGUUAUUAAUUAGCGAUUUAAUUUCUGACUAAUGUUAAGAACCAAAGUAAUGAAACAUCAUUGGUGGAAUAAUUACUCGUUCUAUUAUGUUGUACUACGUUGCGUAUGGUAACGUGAAACAAGUUAAUGAACAGUGUUAUUGUCUGUUUAUACUAUGAUACAAUCAGUCUAGAGGUAAUGUCAAACACGGCACUGUGAUUAGUGUUUUCAGUGAAAUUACAGAAAUAAUUUCAUCACUUAAUAAAUGGAAUGAUCACUC